AUGACAGUCUCUACCCCUACAUCUCAUCAUACAAUUGACACAGACGUGUGUUUAUUCGACUUAGAUGGUACAAUCGUCGAUACAACUAUUGCUGCAGAAUCUACAUGGAGAAAGUUAUGCAAACAAUAUAAUGUCGACCCAGAAGAAUUAUUUAAGGUAUCUCAUGGUUCAAAAUCAGCAGAGAUGCUAGAAAGAUUUUUCCCCGAAUAUGAUAACACCGAUAACAAAGGUGCAAUGCUCCUUGAAAAAGAUAUGGCCGACAACUAUCUUGAUACAGUGAAACUUGUACCUGGUGCUAAAGAAUUGUUAUUAGCCUUGGAUAAAAAUCCAAAUGAUACUACUGUCAAUUAUAAGGAUCAAGAAAAGAGAAAAUGGGCUAUCGUUACUUCUGGUUCCCCAUAUCUGGCAUUCUCUUGGUUUGCAAACAUCUUAAAGGAGGUAGGGAAACCUGCUGUAUUUGUUACUGGUAACGAUGUCAGCGAGGGGAAACCACAUCCAAUGGGGUAUAUGAAGGCCCGUGAAGCAUUGUCUAAGACAUGGAAUUACGAUAUCCCAUGCCGUUCAGUGGUAUUCGAAGAUGCUCCAGUCGGAAUCAAAGCAGGUAACAGUAUGGGUGCCAUAACAAUAGGUAUCGCGUCCUCAUAUCCACCUGAAAAGUUAGCUGAAGUUGGUGCUAAUUUUGUUGUCAAAGAUUUAUCACAAGUUUCCGUAGUAGAAAAUAGCGCUGACGGUUGUAUCAAGUUGGAGAUAAGAAACCCAUUAUUCACUAAUUAA